GACCAUUUACAAGGAAGUAUUGGCGAAGUUCCAUGCACUCAUUUAUUGCACCACAACCGCCUCAAAUAAUCUCUCUCUCUCUCUCUCUCACUGUCUCUGCUAUAUGCUUCCAUGUCGUCCGACUCACUCUCUGCCCCUCUCGCCGAAGCGCCGGCUGCGGCCGGAGGGGUCGGCCUCGGAUACGGCAUCGCCAUAGCGGUCGGCAUCCUCGUCCUCGUCUCCACCAUCUUGCUCGCCUCCUACCUCUGCGUCCGUGUUAAGAGCGACGUUCACCGCCCGCUCCCCACCCCACCCCCUGCAGCUCGGCCCGCUGCCUUGGCGCCAGACGGCAGCGCCGCCGUGGUGGUGGUGACGGCGGUGGGCCUGGACGGCCCCGCCAUCGAGGCUUUCUACCCCAGGUUCGCCUGCGGCCAGGGCGGGGCGCUGGCGCCGCCGGGACCGUGCCCGAUAUGCCUCGCGGAGUACGAGGGCGGGGAGGUGCUGCGGCGGGCGCCGGACUGCGGCCAUUGCUUCCACGCGGGGUGCGUGGACGAGUGGCUCAGGGUGAGCGCCACGUGUCCGCUCUGCCGCAGCUCACCGGUGCCGUCCGCUGCGGCGACGCCCGUGGCCACUCCGCUGUCGGAGCUGAUACCGCUGGCGGCACACCCCAGGUGAUGGAAUGAAUCUCCAGCGCCGGUGUGGGGUGGGGGGGUGUGGAGAGAGAAAGAGAGAGACGGAGGCAGAGCAGAGGAGAAGCGGUGGCGAGGGCAGUUGAGUGUGUCAUUAAUGCAUUUGAUGUUUUC